AUGGAUGACGAGGCUUUCACGGGACUGCGACGCCUGCAGGGCAUCCUGAAGGACAAGAAGCUGGAUUUCAACGUGGAAGAGUUCCUGGAGAAGAUGUCGAUGCAUGAUCUUAUAUAUCCCAGGGACAAAAGAGAGACAAUGGCGAAGAACAGGGACAACGAGAGGAUCGACGCUGCUUUCGUCAUUCUGUUGCAGCAAGAUCCAAGGCCAACCUUCAAGAAAGUAAAACAAAUCUUAAGUGAAAUGAAGAUGGAUAACGUACUGAAGAAGCUCGAAGCUGCUUUGAGAGUAUCAAAGACAGUAUUUGACAUCAUUCUGGGAGGCUCGAACGUGGAGCGAUUUCAAGAAAGCAACAUACUUGGAGCUCCGGAACCGAACGGAAGUGGUUUCACAGGCUGCAAGAAACAGUUCCAGAAGCUCUUGAAAACACGCAACGUCGUGGCAUGUAUCGUGCUUCUGAUUGCUGUCGGCACGUACUCUAUGGAUCUACGAGAAUUUUUGGUCAGCGUGCUUGCAUUUGUAUCAAAUGCUGAAUCAAAGGGUGAGAAGAUACUGUCUCAGAAACAGAGAAUAGAGAACCUAAAAUGGUGGAACAUUAUCAGAGCGAAUCGUCUGGUGCUCCGGGAUGAAUAUAACGUGGACGGCAAAGAGUUGCUUCGAAAUUUGAGUGACAAGAACGUCUUCACGCCCCCCGAGGAGAAGCAGAUACGAAGCAAAGACGACCCAAGGGAGCUAUAUGACGAACUCUUCGAAAUCCUCUUCCACAAGGACGGAAAUAAAUAUGUUUCCAUUUUUUUGAACACACUAACUGCUAUUGGAAGGCAGGAUGCAAGGGAAUUCUUGCUUACUCAAGCAAAAGUGACUUCGGAAUAGCUCCUUCAUUUUCACUAACUAACUGACUGGACGGGUAAAAAUAAAAUUCUUAGUUCGGA